GAGUUGGGGGUUUAAGACAAGAGUUGGGUGGUUUUCAGAGGGUUUUGGCGAUCAGAUAGAGAUUGAGAUUGAGGUUGAGAUUUUUCAUUUCAGAAAGAGAAGAUCACCGAAAUGGAUUGUGUUUGAACCUUAAAAUUGUAUCAUUUUUGUUUUCCGGGCAAAUAUGGGAUAGAAAAUUGAGUGGGAAAGUGUUUAUUUUUGUUUUGUGGAGGGAAAAUUCCUUAUUCUCUGAAUUGUCCGACAAUCCCACGAUCCUACAUUCUCCUCAAAAUUUCACUGAAUUUUGUUUCUCCACCGUAAAGUUUUGAACUUUAGAAGAAAUUCGGUUCCGAAAGGUGAGAAUCUCGUGUUUCUCGUCGAUUUCGCUUCCCGAAUGAUCAAAAAGCUUGCGUUUUUGUUUGUGGGUUUUGGGUUCUUGUGACGAUGUUUGUCCUUUAAACCCCUGUUUAGUUCCCGAUAAUCUGUGGAGGAAAUGGAAGGGAAAAAUGUGAUUUGUUGGUGCAAUUCAGCUUCAUAACUCCACCAUGUCUACAAAUUCUGGUUUUUUUUUUUUUUUUUUUUUUUUUUUUUUUUUUAAAUUCUCGUGAACGUCCGUCGGUUUUUAUUCCCUUCUCUCCUUUAUCUGGGUUUUCCGGUUGAUUCAUACUUCGUCCAAAUUUCGGAGUUUUCUGUGGACUUGAUCCGCGAUGGGUGGUUAUAUAAAUAUAUUUCAUUUUUGUUUCUAAAUUUCAAGCAAGUUGACUGUAUGAUCAAUUUUCUAAUCAUCUUCUGAUUGCUGGGGCAGGAUGGAAAAAAGUUCAGGGUUUUUCUUUUGUGAGAUUUUGGAUCUCUGAAAAUUUGGAUUUUUUUUAAUAAUAAAUCUCUUGAAUCCAUUUUUGUCCAAUUGUUACCUACUUUUCUCCGUCCACGCCCAGAAUUGUUGCAUAGAUCUGUAUCCCGCUCUCUCUGUCUUUUAGGGUUUUGCAGUGGUUUAAGGAUUUUCCUUUCGUCUAGUUUCCCUUGUUCGUUGCUAUGUAUGCAAUACUAGUUCAUAUUAUAACAGGGUGUUUCUUUUCGGACUUUGUGAUCAAAAGUGACUAGUGAAGGCCCUAGUGUAGUGAACAAACGUCCCCAGGAAUGCUAUCUCUUUGUGAUUGAUUAAUAAGUGUUAUGAUUUCCCGAUAUGGUGUUGCAGAAGAGGUUAGACUAUGGAUUCAAUGGUUAUCAAGUACCUGCCAUGCCUCGAGCUACUAGAUCAGCUAGGCGGAGGGGUACAGUUAAAAAGAGAGCUGAAGAAAAUCAAAUGUGUGCAUUUGACUUGCUGGCAACUGUAGCUGGUAAGUUAUUGCUUGAGAAAGAGAGUACUCCCGCUUCAAGUAAUACAUCGAAUCAGAAAGACAAGUGCAUAAUUGUUGAUCAAGAUCGGCAUGAUGGAAAUGUGGCAUUGAAGGUGGAAACUUGUGAUCAAGGAAGUUGUGACAGGAAACCUUUUGUUUCUGAGCAAGUAUCACAAGCUCCUAGUGUGAACCACAGCUCGAAGAAGCCUUCAUUUCCUAAAAAUGAUGAUCAUUCGAGCUUUACUUCUAUAAUGACAACUUCUAAUUGCUCUGAGAGGUUAGUUGCAAUAAAUUCUGAUGCUAGCAAAAUUAAGAAUGAAGUAGGAAGUUCUUGUAGCCAAAUAGAAGGCUUGUCUAUGUACAGGGAGUCUGGUGACUGUAAAUUAGAAGGUGAAACUAAGACACUUGUAAAAGACGAGUCAAAUAAUACUGGAAAAGUGCUAAUUGGCACUGCAGCUGAUAGGCGCAGUUCAGAGUAUCCAACUGUCUUUAAGGGGAAACCUCUUGUAUUGCCCACUUCAGACAGUAGUGCAAAGGCACCUUUGUGUGGGGACCACGUCCCGCAGACAUCACUUCCCUCUACUAGGGAUGAUGUGAAAGUAGUUAGUAGAGAUGAUGACGAAAAAUCCUCGGGGUGUACCCACCCCAGCACCACAACCAGGUACUUGAAACGAGUACCACGGAUUGGAGACCGAAGGAUAAGAAAAAUAUUGGCUUCUAAAUAUUGGAAAGUCGGGUCAAAGUUUAAGGACGAGACACUUUCGAGUCCUGAUGGCAAUAAUAAACCAAGUUGCCGUGGUAGGAAGGACUGCUACAAACGCCAAAGGACUCAAAUGACUGUUCCUUUCAAGAAGAGGAAACUUUUUGAUCAUAGCUCGGUUUGGGCAUCUGAUGGAGGUACUAAUAGUGAGGGGUUUUUUAACUCAAUUGAGAAGAGCAUUGGUGAUGCCUCUGAUUCAUGUGCAAAGUUGCAAGGAGGGACUGGAACUUCUUGCUCAGUUGCUGGUCAACGCACAUCAUUCCAACGCAGGGAUUCUCAUGUGAAGCUAAGGAUCAAGUCUUUCAGGGUGCCAGAGCUUCUUAUUGAGAUUCCUGAGACUGCAACUGUUGGUUCACUGAAGAGGACAGUCAUGGAUGCAGUGACAGCAAUACUUGGAGGCGGUUUACAUAUUGGCGUACUCCUUCAGGGAAAGAAAGUAAGAGAUGACAACGUAACUCUACUGCAGUCUGGAAUUUCUCAAGACAAGCAGCUGGAUGCUUUGGGAUUUACCUUGGAGCCUAACCCUCCUCAAACUCCCCCACCUAUGUGUUCUGGAGAUUCUCUACAUUUGCUUUCUGGUGAUGCACCUGAGAUCCUUGCAAGGUAUCCACCCAACCAGGAAAUGGUUGGCCACACCAAUGCAAAUGUCUUGCCAGAGCCUCAUGUUGCCAAUUUAAGUAACUUUGUCGAGAGUGAUCAUGAUUCGACCCCCUCUCCAACUGAUACAUCAGUAGACAAAAGUACUAUAGAUUCAAAAGCAUUGGUAACUGUCCCUGAAAUGAAUGCAGAGGCCUUAUCUGUGGUUCCAGCACUACGGAAAUCCAAGCGAUCUGAUAUGGCACAGCGUCGAAUCCGUCGUCCAUUUUCUGUUACUGAAGUGGAAGCACUUGUUCAAGCGGUUGAAAAACUUGGAACUGGAAGGUGGCGUGAUGUUAAAUUGCGCGCUUUUGAUAAUGCAAAGCAUCGGACAUAUGUUGAUUUGAAGGACAAGUGGAAAACACUAGUACACACGGCAAGAAUAUCACCCCAACAAAGGAGAGGUGAGCCUGUCCCACAGGACUUGUUGGACAGGGUCUUAACAGCCCACGCAUACUGGUCCCAGCACCAAGCCAAGCAACAGCUUAAACAACAACCUGAGACUUGCCUUCUCCUCUAAGAUAACUCUCUCCCCAUAUAAUCAAGAACAAGAUGAAGAAAGAAAGAAACUUAUUUGGAUCCAUGGGGAUGUUAGAUGGCCGUCAAGAAGAGGCCCCCACCUUUUUUUUUUAAUAUAAUUAUUUCUGUGUAAUUUUGUUAAUGAUGUAAAAAUUAUGACAAGGGAAAAAAGGGAUAGAGUAAGUGUGAAGAAGAUGAUGAUGUAAUAUUUGGUUGCUCUGCGCUAUUGGGUGUCUUUUAUCCUUUUGCAGGGAGAAGGCAAGCGCAUGUAAAUGGUUAGACACUUGACAGAAUAAGAGCAUUUGCUAACGGAAAAAUUAAUUUGACCCUCGAAA